UCGGGUAGUUUUCAUAUGAAAUAUAAUUUAAAGAUUUUUUAGGGGUGUUAUCCAAAGACUGUGUACAGUUUUCUAAAGUUGGGCAUAGGAAAAUGGUGGGCUAAAAUGGUCAUUUCUAGGGAACUUGUCGGAAAAAAGGGAUAAUUACAACGCGUUUCAUUGGCUACCGAGAUCGAGGCUAGAAAAGAGCGGCCAUUUUAAUAUUUCACUAUUCAUGCUUUAGUUUACUGUACUGUUUAGGCCUAUAUAGGAACCGGUCUACGAAAUUCUCGACGAGGUAAAUUGUGCCUGCCUGUGCUAAUAAGAUUUUUUUCCAUUAUCGCUUCAAACUGUUGGCAAGGACACAUCAACGAUGAGUUUUGAGUUCGUCCUGCCUCUCCACCAGAAGGACCUGCUGCAGAGCAGAGGAACCAGCCAGUAUGUGGUGGAGGAAGUCUCCCCCGCCAGGCAGGUGCCCGACAGGGUAUUUGGCUGCAAGACGGCCCUGCGGACUGAAGGGCCUUCAAUGAUCCUAGACCACUUUGAUGGGUUCUACAGUCUGCUCAGGCACUUCAACGAGGUGGAGCAAGAAACAAAAGAGGAGGCAUGGGAACUUCUGAUGAAAGCUCAGCAGCGGCUGUGCACCGACCUCUCCUCUGCCCUGGACCAGACCGAGGCCCACGGCAACACCAAGCGGCACCUCAACACGCUCAAGAUGCUGUGCUACUUGCUUUGCCAGCUGGCCGAAGCGUUUGAGGCCGAAGCCUGCAAGCCGUCCAUCGACACCACGGUCAAGGGAGGUCGGGGUCGAGCUAAGAGCAAGAAGGCGGCCGCCGGCUGGGACUGGGAGGCAGAGAAGGAGCGCUUCCUGCAGGGCUUGCUGCACCUCCUGCAGCUGGAAGUCUGGAGGCUGUGGGACCCGCCCAUCGUGGAGGAAGAAUUUGUCAAUCUGGUCAGCUGCUCUUGCUACAGACUUCUGGAGAACCCAUCCAUUGGGCGGAGCCCCGGGACCAAGGAGGCAUUGUUCGGUCUACUGGGCCUCCUCAUCAAGAGAUACAACCACACUCUUGGGGCCAGUCUGAAGAUUAUCCAGCUCCUGCAGCACUUUGAGCACCUGGUCAGCCCCAUGUCUCAGGGCGUGCACGCUAUUGUCACCCAGUAUGGAGUCAAGAGUAUUGUCAGUGAAAUCAUGAGGGAGAUUGGCAGCCUGGACCCUCGGGACCUUGCCCGGGAUAACAGUGGGACGCGGUCUUACGCGGCGUUCCUGGUGGAGCUGGCCGAGAAGAUCCCCGGACUCAUGCUGCCCAGUAUCAGCCUGCUGCUCUGCCACCUGGACGGAGAGUCCUACACGAUGCGUAAUGGAGUCCUGGGUGUGCUGGGCGAAAUCGUCAUCCAGGUGUUGAGCAAGGACGGACUGGACAGGAAGGCCAAGAGCACCAGGGACCAACUGCUGGACAAACUAGAGGACCACAUCCACGACAUCAACGCCUUCACCCGCAGCCGCGCCCUGCAAGUCUGGCUCCACCUCUGCCGGGAGCGGGCCAUCCCGCUGCCUCGGCAGCGCAGCGUCAUGUCGCUGGUGCUCGGCCGCCUGCAGGACAAAUCCAGCAUCGUGCGCAGGGGUGCAGUGCAGCUGCUGUCGGAGUGUCUGACCAGUAACCCCUUUGCCGCCAAGCUGCCAGUCGACGAGCUGGUCACCACGCUGGAAAAGGAGAAAGAGAAGCUGAAAGCGAUGACACCAGACGAAGCGCAAGAUGUAUCAGGAGAUAUGUGUGGUAAGACCGAGGAGAUGUGGCAAGCCAUGGAGCCAGAGGUGGCAACCGUCGUCAAGGAAUUCCUGGAGGAGGCAGAGGGCGAUGACAGGGUGGAGAUACCCGAGGAUGCGUCUGUCGAGAGUGUUCUGACAAGCCUCCGGGAGCUCCUGGAGAACUCCCAGCACCGCCAGGCCCUGCGUCUCCUCCAGGCUGCCAAGGAUUGCUGGCCGGACUGCCAGUUCCUCAUCCCCUCACCUCCCGUCUUCAGCCCCCUGGACGGUGACGAUGACAGCGAUGAAUCUGAAGAUCCUGGGGCCCAGCUGCUCGCUACCCUCCAAGCCGUCUACUUGGGUGAGAAGCUUUCUGGACCUGCAGACUCGGACCCAGAGGAGGCACCAGAGCAGCGCAACGUGAAGGAACUGACGGGGGAGUCGGCCCCAUCGGCUGCUGCAGGGGGCGGCGACUUGGAGACCGGAGUAACUGUCGUCAACGAGCUGUCCAAGCAGCAAGUUCUAGUCAAAUACUUGCAGGACUGUGUGGCCUUCGCCAGCCAGAUCCAGCAGGCUGUCCCCAUCCUGUGUGAGCUUCUCAGCUCCAAGGUCACCAGCGACGUACUGGAGGCCGUCGAGUUCUUCGUCCGGGCCCAGGAGUUCGGUGUGACCAGCGCGGCCAAGGGCGUCCGCCAGAUGAUGGUGCUGGUCUGGUCCAAGGAGCAAGGGGUAAAGGAGGCUGUGGUGGCUGCCUACAAGAGGCUCUACCUCAGCCCGCAAGGCGGCACCCAGAGAGCGCGCUGCCUGGCCAUCGUCAAGAACCUGAUGGCCCUGACCUUCUGCGCCAGCCUGGGCCAGCUGACCUCCCUGGAGGAGCUGCUGGCCGAGUUCAUGCGCAGCGGCGACCUUCCCGGCCAGGCCGUCCAGCUGCUGUGGGAGUACUUCACCAAGAAGCAUGCCAACACCACCGACGAGGAGAGCCGGGCGGCGCUGGUCAUCAUCGGCAUGGCUGCCGGGGCCGACGCCAACAUCGUACGCAGCAAUGUGGAGGUGCUGGUGUCGGAGGGGCUGGGACCCAGGGGCCAGGAGGACUUCUCCCUGGCCAGAGACACCUGCCUGGCCCUGCUAAAGAUCGUCAAAGCCGACAAGCCCAAGGUUCUGGGCGGUGAAGAACCAUUCCGCUUUCCGGCUGACCAUCAGAUCUUCACACGCCUGUCAACCAUCCUUAUUACAGGAAUCACCGACCUGCAGAAGAACCACUGGCUACCGUUGGCCGAGCAAGCCAUCAACACUAUCUACCGUCUGGCUGAGCACCCUGACCGCGUGUGUGGGGAUAUCAUCAGGGGUCUUGCGGCGGCCGUUCUGACCACUGACCAGAGCCAGGAGAAGACAGACAAGGCCGACGAUGGAAGCGCACCAGAACAAGAAGCAGCCGAUGGACCAAGCGCCACCUGCCCAGCUGGUGUCCUUUCCCGUUUCCUGGCCUUUGCUGGCCACGUGGCCUUAGCCCAGCUGGUGCACCUGGACGUGAUGGUGGCUGGUGAGAUGAAGCGCAGACGUAAUAUCCAGGAGAAGGAGAAAGAGGACCAGACCAAGGGGCAAAAGGAGACAGCUAAGGAGAGCACCAGCGGGGAGCAGACUGGUAUUGAGGACGAGAUGGGUCUGGGUGGGGCUGCAGCGGAGGAUGCAGAGGCAGAGUAUAUCCGCAAGAUCUGCGAAUCAGAGCUGGUGACGGGUCACAACCUGCUAUCGGCCAUCCGUCCACUCCUGGUGGCGGUCUGCAGCAAUCCGGUCAAGUACAGCGAGCCCAGCCUGCGGGCCGCCAGCUCCCUGGCCCUGGCCAAGUUCAUGCUGGUCAGCUCGGAGUUCUGUGAGACCCACCUGCAGCUCCUCUUCACCAUCUUAGAGAAGGCUCCCCAACCUGUCAUCCGAGCCAACAUCAUCAUUGCCCUGGGCGACCUUACCUUCCGCUUCCCUAACCUGAUCGAGCCCUGGACCCCAAACCUGUAUGCAAGACUGCGUGACCCCUCGGCCCACGUCCGCAAGAACACCCUGAUGGUCCUGACCCACCUGAUCCUGAACGACAUGGUCAAGGUCAAGGGUCAGAUCAGCGAGAUGGCCACAUGUAUCGUGGACUCAGACGAGCGCAUCGCCUCGCUGGCCAAGCUCUUCUUUUUUGAGCUGUCCAAGAAGGGCAACGCCAUCUACAAUGUGAUGCCGGACAUGAUCAGCCGGCUGUCUGACCCCGAGUGUGGAAUGGACCAGGUGCAGUUCAAGACAGUCAUGAGGUAA